UUUCCUCUCAAUGAAAUGUCUCACUAUGAAAUGUUCCCAACAUCUAACUAUAAAUAUUUCCAGGAAGAAUGUUCAGUUGCCACAUCAACUGGACUAAACUUAACCUUGAAUGGGAGUAGAUGUGAAGAGGAGUUACCAACAUUAUGUGAAUAUAUAGCUUGCUACUCUACAGAUGGGUUUCAAUGUAUAUUCCCGUUUAUAUACAAAGGAGAAGAGUAUAAACAGUGUAUAUAUGGAGAUGUAUUCAAACCAUGGUGCCCAAUAGAAAUAGACAAAAAUUCACAAAUUAAACGCUGGGGCCUUUGUCUGAACCAUUGUCCAACAGAAGAAGAAAAACCGAUGUGUUUAACACCUCCCCCAAUACCAGAAUUUGGGUUAUAUAGUGACAACACCACUUCAAACUUUGAGUCAAACUGGUUUCACAUUAACUUUUCAACAGAUGAUAAGUCAUCCUACAUUAUUUCUGGUGAAAAACAAAGAUUACAUUGGCCAGACUGGAUAUAUGAUUCAGAUAAUAUAACAGAUAAAAUAAUGUUUACUGUUGCAAAUAAUUUUGAAGAUUUUAGCAUGAUUUAUUCAGCUUUUGCAAAUAAUACACAUGCACAAUAUACCUGUCCUAAAGGAUUUGUAUUUGAGACUACAUAUAAUCGAUCAAUAACAGUGCUGUGUUCAAAUUGGAAAUGGCAUAAUGAAGAGUUUGAUGCAUCCCAACAAUGUAUAGCUCUCCGCUGUAAUGAGGAUGAAUUACCAGAAAAGACUGCUGACAUGAAUAUAGCUUCUGAUGAUCACUUUAGAAGAAAAUCAAAUGAUUCAAAGAAUUGGAACACUUAUAAUAAUAUUGUGAAGUAUAGCUGCCCUGAGGGACAUGUGGUGAAAUGGCCAAAUAUAGAUGCAAGUGCUAAUGCCAUUGAUUUUGAAGUAAUAUGUCAUGAAGAUGCUAAAUGGCAUCCAGUAACAGAUGAAAAACCAAUUUCACAACUCCCUUCAUGUAUACCACGUAACUGCACAUCUCCCCCGACUACUGUUGACAUGACUGAUUUUGGAAUGAUGAGCUGGAUUGAGACUCUCGGAAAUGCUAGACCAUAUGGCACAAUAGUAAGAUAUUGGUGUCCACAAAUUAAUUGGGGAUACCCAUCUUCAGGAUUGGACCAAAUGUGGUCCAUGUGUGGAAAGGAUGGACAUUGGAAUGUGACAGAAGUUGAGAACUGCGUAGAAUUGCCAUGUCCAAAUCAACCUCCUCCCCCACACUUAGGGGCUGAAAGAGUUUAUGGAUUAAAUGCUACAAGAUAUACAUGUCCUGAUGGGAAAAUGUUCGAAACUGGAGAUUACCCUUUUUGGUACAAUAAGUGUUUACCAAACAAACAAUGGAGUCAUCCUCAAAAACUUCCAAACUGCAUGCCACAACAAUGUUUGGAAACUCCACCGGCUCCAAACCCAACAAAUGAAAUAAAAUGGCCAAACAAGCAAAACAAGCUGGGUGAUACAGUUACCUACAGUUGUGUACAUGGACGUUACAUUGUAGCAACUGACAACAAUGGAUGGGAAAACAUAGUUGCAGAACAAACUGUUCAAUGUAUGGAGGUAAAUGGCUUGAUGGUCUGGAUGCCUCAAAACAUCAGUGAAUGUUCUGGUAUAAGUGACCAUUAUGUCAAUGCAAUUGUGAUGACAUAUUUUGGACUCAAAACAUACUGCAAUUCCUGGGGAUAAGACCAUGCAGAUGCACAGAAACUAAUUAUUAAUAUGAUUUUGCAUGUAUUAAUUAGUACCCGUGUAAACCCAAGAGGUCGAAUUCAUAGACUACUGCGACUUUCCUGACUUACUGGUCGACAAAAUCAAGAUGAAGCAUGGAAUCUCGGUAACUUGAUACAAUUUUGUAAAUAUAUUUCCCCCCCACUACCCCCCUACUUAUGUAUAAUUUAGCUGACAACCCUACCAAGAAAGUUAUACCUCAAUAUAUCCUUUAUAAUUAACACAUGUGUUACCCCUCCAAUAUGCUGCUUCUUUUUUCCCCAUUAUUGGCUAGAUGUCUAAUUUAGUUAGAAAAAAGUUAUCCCUCGUGAUACAUUCAGAUCAAAUAUCAAAUAUGUUUUCAGCUGUAAGAAGAUUUCCUCUCCUCUACCCCCCCCCCCCUGCACUCUGUUAACAUAUGCAUAUGUUUGUGCAUGUCUAGUUUUGUGUGUUUGUGAAAUAUACAAGCUGUUGACUUAAAA